UGAAAAGAGUAAAUACCAUUGAUGGAUGGCAAAAAUAAUAAAUUAGUAGUCCUUAAAAGAACUAUUUGUGACCAAAACACCAACCCUAUAAAAGAACAGUUUUAAAGCUAAACGACACGAUGCAUUUUGGCAGACUAUUCUUCAAGUGUCAACGUCAUCUCACGUGACAAUAGUAUGUUUAUAUUUGAUUCAACGAGCAACAUCUAAUAAAUUAUCUGAGUGCGAUAAAGAUUGUAUGUUUUCUUGUGAUGGUUCUUUUCCUUCUUUUAUUUUUUUCUGAAACAUUCUACACAAACCAUUCACUCAAGAUAAAUGUUGCAACGCCGAGAGCAUUGAAUACGAUCUCUUACUAUUUCACAUGACAUUCACCUCUGAACUAACCAAUCAUCGUGUAUAGAUAGUUUCUUACGUGACAAACUCGUGGAAACAUGCAACCAUUAUUGAAAAAUGUGACUCACGAUAUGAAAAGAACACCUUGCUUUAUAUUUUCAAACGUUGAUCAAGCUCAAACGCAAAAUGAGAAACACAACGAAAAUGCAAGUAUGAAACGAAAUGAAUAGUCUAAGUUACAUAUCUCAAACUCCACCUGAUAUUGUAUUAUGAAUAGUCAAUUGCCACGCAAAAUUGUUUCUACUUCAUAGAAAUGCGUUUGUUUAUGCACUCAUUUCUAUGCAAGGCAACAUUUGGAAAGAACACAGAAAUAUUUGCAUUGUGUCGCCCUAGAACAAUAAAACCAGGUUGGCUUCGUCGUUACAUAUGCUCCCCUAUAUUUCAAAUGAAUAAGCUGAUGGAUGUGAAACAUAUAGGAAUAACACGUACACAGGACAUUACGAUGAUUUCUACUCAAAACGCCAAACGAAGACCGAUAAAUCGUUAUGAAGUAGCAACGAUUCACAAUUGGAAGUAUUCCAUGAUUGUAAUGGCAUUCUUUUUCCUUUUAUGCUUAUUUGAAACGAAACAAUUUUUACGACCUGUGAGAUCAUUGGACGUACAGUCAAAACAAUAUAUGACUCGAAAACUUUUACGUGAAAGUUCUGAUGAGGUGAAAGCAUGUGUCGAUGUUCAUAAAAAAAACAGAUCGUUACAGUGCAUGUUUGUAAAGACAACAAAUGAUUGCAUCAGUCGCCAGGGUUUUAUCCAAUACCUUCGUUUUCCGUAUUGUGAUCUGCCAAACUUCCAAGUCUUAGCUGGCCUCAUAAUGAUUUUAUGGCUAAUCUUUCUGUUUAUUCUUGUUGGUGUUACCGCCGAGAAUUUUUUUUGUCCAACACUGGUUGUCAUCUCCGAAGCGUUAAAAUUAAGUCCUAACAUCGCUGGUGUUACAUUUCUGGCGUACGGAAACGGUUCUCCAGAUAUAUUCACUGCCGUGGCAGCGUUUUCUGGAAGUAAUCCCGAUGGAGAAUUGGCUUUGGGUGCUUUGUUGGGUGCUGGUUUGUUUGUGACAACAGUAGUGGUUGGAGGAAUCUCGUUAUCUGUGCCAGUAAAUCUUAAUCAGCGACCGUAUAUCAGAGACACUCUUUUUUAUAUUGCAGCUGUCUUUGGUACAUUUAUCAUUGUUUGGAUGAAGAAAAUUACGAUUACCAAUGCUAUAGGUUAUAUUGUCGGUUAUGUGAUUUACGUUCUUGUUGUCGUUGUUGGUCGUGUUGUAUAUCAGAGGUACAAAUUGAAACGACGUCAAAGAUUCUUCAUUCAAGCUUUCCAAAACAAAUUUCAAGAGGAUCCUUCUCAAUCUUUAGCGACAGUUGAGAAGAGCGGGACUAGUGAGGAGAAGUUUGAAAAAGCGACGUAUGCUGACGAAUCGACACCUUUGCUUGUUAAAGUGAACACACCUUUCAAAAGCGAAAGGCAAAAACUUUUUCAAGAUAUUUUUUUGAUUUCACCUUCUGACUUUGUUGACUCCGGUGCACUAAGAAAAAUAUACUCUAUCGUCAAAAUGCCAAUACACUUGUGUUUGAAUCUCACCAUUCCCGUCGUUCGAUUGAACGAAGAAAAUGAGAACUGGAAUAAAAAACUUCGAAUCUUACAAUGCUUGUGCUGCCCUCUCUUCUGUGUUUAUGUUACUAAAGGUAAUUCACUAUCGUUUGGUGAAAACUUUCCUUUUCCAGUAUUCGUUGUCAUUAUUAGUGUCAUUUUGGCAGUAAUAGUAGCCAUAACGUCAUCCAAUGAUCAACCACCUAGGUAUCACAAGUUUUUUUCGUUUAUGGCCUUUGUAGCCUCUGUCAUUUGGAUAUAUUCAACAGUUAACGAAAUUGUCAACUUGCUGAGGUCAUUUGGUGUCUUAUUAAAAUUAAGCGACGACAUUUUGGGUGUGACUCUUUUGGCCUGGGGCAACAGUAUUGGUGAUUUUAUAUCAAAUAUUGCCGUAGCAAAACAAGGUUAUCCUGAAAUGGCGAUUGCUGCAUGUUUCGGAGGACCAUUGCUCAACUUGUUGUUAGGCCUUGGUCUAUCUUCCAUUAUUUUCACAUUAAAGAAUAACGCAGCGUUGGUGAUAAACACAACAACGAAAGAUCUCAUUUUGUGUGCUUUUUUGGCAACAAGCUUGGCAUCGUCCGCCGUCAUCGUGCCUUUGAUGGGUUUUCGUAUUCCACGAUUAUAUGGUGCAUAUCUUAUAUUAUUAUACAUUUCCUUUAUGAUCGUUGCUAUUCUAGAUGAAUUAGAGAUACUUUUUUAGUGGAACGUUUUUUAUUGUCAACACACAUAGCACCAUAUGAAACUUAGAAUGAGACGAAAAACAUUAAUAUUGAUAUUUUUGUAUAUUAAUUACUAAUUUAUUUAUUAGAUAAUUUUAAAUUAAAAUGAUUUUAAUAAAUAAAUGCUUUAUCGCCAAAUCCCAACUGA